AUGUGGUCGAAACUGUUUACUACGGUCAAAUAUUUAUUAGUGAUUGUGAAUUUCAUAUUUGUGAUCACUGGUAUUAUAAUUCUAUCGGUCGGCGCGUCCGUACAGUCAGCUUACAAUGGUUACCAUCAGUUCCUAUCGGAGAGGUUCUUCUCUCUACCAGCUUUCUGCAUUGCGACUGGGAUCAUCAUCUUCCUGGUCGCAUUCCUCGGAUUCUAUGGAGCGUACAUGGAGAACUACAUAGUGAUCAUGACGUUCGCGGGUGCUAUGAUCCUGAUGUUCAUCUUCCAACUGUCUGCCUGCAUCGCUGGGUAUGCGCUGAAGGGCAACGCCGUGUCCCUGGUGCAGCACAAACUGCUGGAGACCAUGGACAGGUACGGUCUCAACAAGAGCAUUGAAGUCACUAAGCUGUGGGACACGGUGCAACAAGAUUUCCAGUGCUGUGGCGUCCUCAAUGCCAGCCAAUGGUUGAUCCCUCUGGGUACAACUGAGACACACGGCUUGCCAGUCAGCUGCUGCAGUCAGAACUAUGGCAUCGUGGCUGUCCUCAACUGUAACAUUGGCAUGCAGUCAGCCUACACUACUGGCUGCUCUGACUCCUUCGGUAGUUGGGUUCGGUCUCAUGCUGCCGCUAUUGGCGUAGCUGGGAUAUUCUUAGUUUUCAUGCAGGCAUUGGCGGUAGCAGGUGCGGUGUGGAUGGCAAAAAUAUCUAGAGAUGAACGCGGUGCCUACCCUUAA